CUCCUGGGGGCCCGGCGCCCGCCGCUCCGCCUGGGGGCCCGAUGCCGGUCGCCCCGCCCGGGGGCCCGGUGCCUGUUGCCCCGCCCGGGGGCCCGGUGCCUGCUGCUCCGCCUGGGGGCCCGGUGCCUGCUGCUCCGCCUGGGGGCCCGCUGCCUGCUGCUCUGCCUGGUGGCCCGGUGCCUGCUGCUCCGCCUGGGGGCCCGGUGCCUGCUGCUCCGCCUGGUGGCCCGCUGCCUGCUGCUUCGCCUGGUAUUCCGAUGUGCCUCUGCCCGUCCUGCCCGAUGUGCCUCUGCCCGGAGUCCUGCCCGAUGUGCCUCUGCCCGGAGUCCAGCCCGGUGUGCCUCUGCCCGGUGUGCCUCUGCCCGGAGUCCAGCCCGAUGUGCCUCUGCCCGGUGUCCAGCCCGAUGUGCCUCUGCCCGGAGUCCAGCCCGAUGUGCCUCUGCCCGGAGUCC